CAGGGGGCGCGGCGCCUCGCGCUCACACGGCACGGAGCCUCUCUAGCCAGGCUGGGACUCGGUGGCGGCGCCGGGCUGCACGUCAGGACACCUCUUCCCAGGGCAGACGGACCGGGCUACCUCUGGACCCCUCCCCUGCCCCCAACGCUGAGCCGACACCAUGCAUGGGCGCCUGAAGGUGAAGACGUCCGAAGAGCAGGCAGAAGCCAAAAGGCUAGAACGAGAGCAGAAGUUGAAGCUCUACCAGUCAGCCACUCAAGCUGUCUUCCAGAAGCGGCAGGCUGGCGAGCUGGACGAGUCAGUACUAGAACUGACAAGCCAGAUUCUGGGAGCCAACCCUGAUUUUGCCACCCUCUGGAACUGUCGCCGAGAAGUGAUCCAGCAGCUAGAAACGCAGAAGUCCCCUGAAGAGUUGGAUGCCCUUGUGAAGGCAGAGCUCGGCUUCCUAGAGAGCUGUCUGCGUGUGAACCCCAAGUCCUAUGGCACCUGGCACCACCGCUGCUGGCUGCUAGGCCGCCUGCCUGAGCCCAAUUGGGCCCGGGAGCUGGAACUCUGUGCUCGCUUCCUCGAAGUCGAUGAGCGGAACUUUCAUUGCUGGGACUAUCGGCGCUUUGUGGCUGCUCGGGCUGCUGUAGCCCCCGCAGAGGAGCUGGCCUUCACCGAUAGCCUCAUCACCCGGAACUUCUCCAACUAUUCCUCCUGGCAUUACCGCUCCUGCCUUCUGCCCCAGCUGCACCCUCAGCCGGACUCGGGCCCCCAGGGACGCCUCCCUGAAAAUGUACUGCUGAAAGAGCUGGAGCUGGUGCAGAACGCCUUCUUUACCGACCCCAAUGAUCAGAGUGCCUGGUUUUAUCACCGCUGGCUCCUGGGUCGGGCGGAGCCCCAGGAUGUCCUGCGCUGCCUGCACGUGAGCCGGGAUGAGGCCUGUCUGUCCGUCUGCUUUUCUCGGCCCCUAAGAGUGGGCUCCGGAGAGGGGACCUUGCUCCUCAUGGUGGAUGAGGCCCCUCUGAGGGUAGAGUGGAGGACUCCAGAUGGCAGGAACCGGCCCAGCCACGUCUGGCUCUGUGACCUGCCCGCCGCCUCCCUCAACGACCAGCUGCCCCAGCACACGUUCCGCGUCAUCUGGACAGCGAGUGACGCCCAGAAGGAGUGCGUGCUCUUCAAAGGCCACCAGGAGUGCUGGUGCCGAGACUCAGCCACCGAGGAGCAGCUGUUCAGGUGUGAGCUGUCGGUGGAAAAAUCCACAGUGCUACAGUCUGAGCUGGAAUCCUGUAAGGAGCUACAGGAGCUGGAACCGGAGAAUAAAUGGUGCCUGCUGACCAUCAUCCUGCUGAUGCGGGCCCUGGACCCCCUCCUCUAUGAGAAAGAGACGCUGCAAUACUUCCACACCCUCAAAGCUGUGGACCCCAUGAGAGCAGCCUACUUGGAUGACCUGCGCAGCAAGUUCCUGCUGGAAAACAGCGUCCUCAGGAUGGAGUACGCGGACGUGCGUGUAGUGUACCUGGCCCACAAGGAUCUGACCGUGCUCUGCCAUCUGGAGCAGCUGCUCUUGGUCACCCAUCUCGACCUGUCACAUAAUCGGCUCCGAGCCCUGCCCCCAGCCCUGGGUGCUCUGCGCUGUCUCGAGGUGCUGCAGGCCAGUGAUAACGCCCUAGAGUCCUUGGACGGCGUGGCUAACCUUCCCCGGUUACAGGAGCUGUUGCUAUGCAAUAACCGCCUCCAUCAGCCUGCAGCACUUCAGCCUCUUGCCUCUUGCCCCAGACUAGUCCUCCUCAACCUCCAGGGCAACUCGCUGUGCCAGGAAGGGGGCAUCUUGGAGCGUUUGACUGAAAUGCUGCCCUCUGUUAGCCGCAUCCUCACCUAGGAGUCCCCGCCCUCGCCCUUACCUCUUAACUUAUUGGGACUGAAUAAAGAAUGGAGAGGCCCCUCUAGGCUGCCAGGCUCCAUUACUGCUGCCCGGAUCCACCUCCCCCAUUACCACCACCGUGCACCUUGAGAGACGGGAGGGAAGGACCUUGGCAUGUGGCUCUGCCAGAACCUCAGUGUUACAGCUGAAGUCGGGCCCAGAACUGGAUUGGCGCCUGCCUCCAGGUUCUGGCCUGGGAUAGGAGUUGGGGUCAGGUUCUGGUUUGGACGGAGCUUCAGAACAGCUGUGUCCAGCUGGAAGAGAUGGUGAAAACUUCUCCCGUGACUCCUGCGGCUUUCAGACCGUCUCUACCCCGACUCAUUUUAUUCACAGCUGAGUAGGCUCAGAGCCUCAGUUUCCAGAAAGAAUGUGUCAGGGCGCCUUGCCCCACCCCAUUAAAACAACACUGUUGGUCCCUGUGAA